AUACUUUCCCUGUGUAUGGUACUCUACAGUCCCAUCUCGAGCACACAACAUGUCUCCCCUUAUACUCCUGUUAGCGCUUAUUGGAGGAUGCGUUACAGCUACUACAAUUCGAGACUACACCGGAGGAAAUAGCGUUGAGGACAUGCUUGAACACCAGGACAGCUUAGAUGACGGAAGUAACGAAAUCCCUUCAUUGCCAGUAGACAACAUUGACGUCGAGAUGAUGAACACAACUUACAUUCCCGACAUGCAAUGUUUUGAGUAUUUCUCGUGUAUAUCGAAUGUAGAGGAGAUUGUCCCGCCAGGAUCCCUAAAGAAAGGCUACUACAUAACCCCAGCGUUCAUGAAGAAACAAUGCAGGAAUACGAAGCGGACGUUAAACUGUUACUUUGCUAGGGAUUACUCGGAUUGUCCCGUUGUGGUGGCGAGUUUCUCUACGCUCCUACAGCUGUACAACUACAUGUGUGUAGAGCCAAGCAGAACAGAGGUGAUGUCAGUUCUUCCCUGUGCAAACAUCUAUGACGUCCAGAUGUCGUCCUACACGUCCUACCUCACGUUUACAUCGGCAUUCAAUACCAUCAUGAAAUGGCCGAACGCCAAACCUUCGGACACCAGUCAUAUGGUUUGCUGGGCGAUGCAGAAUUUCAAAGACGAAACAGGUGGUUUUAUUGAGACCCACUGUUCCGCCCAGGAUCGUGAAAUAUACGAUAGAUUUGUAGACAUAUCCGCGGAACCGUUUACAAGACAGUUCAACUGUUCUCUACAGGGAAACGACGACGGCCACUGAAACAUCAUAAUACAACAUCGACGGAGUAUCCCCCUUUGUUUUAUAUGGAUAAUCUCCCUUCGUUGCUGACAAUUUUUUUAUCAUACAUUAUAGUUUUUGUCUAUUUCUGGAGAAUAUCGUAUUUGCGUCCUUCUUAAAAUAUACAUUAUAAUUAAAAGUUUUACUUUUAGUUAUCUCAUCCAAAUUAGAUGUAAUAGACAAGACCAUCAAAUAUUAUUCCGAAACUAUUGAAAAUUACAAAAAAAAUGUAAGUGUGCUAAAAAUCUUGUUUAAAAAAGAUCCAUAAAUUAUUUUAAAAAUUGGAAAACUAAGAUUUUUCUAUUCGUCUUUAUAGAUAAAAAUUCAAAAUCAAAAAGUAUUUGUAAACCCAAUUUGUGAUCUGUUACACACUAUCACAAGUGGAGCUAAACACGAACAAACGUCCUUGAAUAUACCAAUAUGAACAUCUUCAACUGGCAAAACGAAAGUCUUCUACUAAGGUAGAAAGGUAGUGUUUUUUUUUAAACCCUGCUUAAAAGGGGUCCUGAUUAGACUUGACUUGGUUUUAAUAUUAUUAAUUAUUAUUGAUUUGGUAAUAAUAAAUCAGAUAUGAAGGGAUGUGAAAUCAAGUGAGAAUAUAACAGGUUAGUCAUGCUAUUAUGAUCAUAUACUAGGCUUACCCGGAGACGCAUAAAACCUUGAAAUAUACUUUCAGGCCUGGCUAAUAACUGUAAUCUGCAAUCGGACCACGUAUUACCAUUUCACUGCAUGUUACAGACGUUUGUGAAGGGGCUAGUGGCUAUAGGUCAGUAAAUCAACUCUUGGCCGCAAGAAAUAAUCGGAUAAGAGCAAAUUUAUAUUGACAUUUUAUUAAAUCAUUUUUCCCUCGCAACACUGC